AUGGCCGGAAGCGAGACAUACAUCCCGCUCGUCUCGUCGCUCGACAAGAUCUACUCCACCAGCCAGACACUCGCAAAAGAAGGUGCUCGCUGGGACAAUCUCAUGAACGAGUUCGAAAGGCAAUAUGGAAAGAAGCCAGAUUUCGUGGCGCGGGCCCCUGGUCGGGUCAACAUCAUUGGCGAGCAUGUCGACCAUCAAGGCUUCAGUGUGCUACCGGCAGCAAUCGAGAUGGAUAUCUUGAUGGUUGUCAAGAUAACACCAGCAAAAGGCGGCGCAGAUGACAGCAAGGUCAAGUUUGUACUGUCCAACACUACGCCCAGAUUUGAGAGGGCGACAUUCGAGACCGAAUUCAAGCAGGGUUGCCAAGACGUUCUGCUCAACCACGAAGGUGGUGAUCGAUGGGCAAACUACUUCAAAGUUGCGGUGAAGGGCCUGCACCCGCAUCUGCCUCCGGCAACAUUGUCUCCUUCGACUCGACCAGCUCUGAUUGAAGUCUUGGUUAAUGGAACGAUCCCGCCCGAAUCUUCACUCUCCUCAUCUGCAGCCAUGACCUCGUGCUCCUCCAUUGUGGUCCUCGAGGCUUUCGGCGCACGCAACCUGAUCUCGCGCCGCGAGAUGGCCGAGGUCGCUAUCGAAUCAGAGCGUCUCGUGGGGGUCAAUUCGGGUGGUAUGGAUCAAGCUGCAUCCAUUUUUGGUGUGCCUGGUCAUGCGCUGCACAUUGAAUUCUACCCCGAGCUCAAAGCAACACCGACGCGCAUGCCCAAGUGCGAUCCAAGCCACACUUUCGUCAUCGCGAAUACCCUCAUCGUCAGCGACAAAAAGGUCACCGGGCCAAUCCACUAUAACCUGCGCACGGUCGAGCUGCGCUUGGCGAGCCGGGCCAUUGCCAAAAAACUUGACCUGCCAAUGACAGAGGCGACGGCACAGCUCAACGGGUUGCUGCGCGCUUUCUACGAAAAGAACUCUCUUCCCACGGGAGACGCAGGCGUAGAGCAGGCGAGGAAAGAGGCAGGCGAUGAGGGCGCGAGAAUCUUUUACUUUGGAAGGAUUGCAGAGGACGCAAUCCCGAAAGAGGCGGUCACGCGAGUCGAAGCGGAGAAGCUGACAGGCUACAGCGGCACGGCGUAUGAUGAUGAGUUCCUGUCGCGCUUCCCUAUCCGCGGCGAACGCUUUGAACUAUACAAGCGUGCGCACCACGUCUUUGACGAAGCGCUGCGCACACUGCGCUUCCGCAAGAUCCUUGGCGAUGCGACGGCGGCACAGAGCAUGGCGGCCGACGGCGGUGCGGCGCAGUACGCACAGCUAGGGAAAAUGCUCGACGACUGCCACACGUCCAUGCGCGACUUUUACCAGGCCUCGUGCCCCGAACUGGAGACUGUUGUCCAGAUCGCCAAGCAAAACGGCGCACUUGGCUCGCGCUUGACGGGUGCAGGCUGGGGCGGUUCGACUGUCUCUCUCGUCCCGAGUGCCCAGGUCCCGCGUCUUUUGGAUGCGCUCAAGGAAGGGUACUUCAAAAAGCGAUUCCCGGACAUCACGCAGGAAAAGAUUGACCAGUCAUUGCUCGCGACCGAGCCGGCGGGCGGAGCCUGUGUGUAUGCUAUCGCCGCCUGA